UAACUAACUUCCUAAGCUCUCUGCAAAAUUAAAUAUGGCAAAGAACUCAAUGAGUAGCAGCAAGAACCAGGAGAAGAAGAAAGGAAACAGAAUGUGUGAGAAGAUUUUCAGAGCAGUGACGAGUCCUGUCCGAACCGUUCGCCGCAUCUCUGCACCGAACCACCAGCACCAAGAAGAGGCAGCUGUCCGCGUCAAGUUCUCUGAGACGACAGCCAAACCCAUUACAAAGAUGGAGCAGCCGAAGAAGAAGACGCUGAUCACUCGAGUGGAGACGACGCUGAAACCUGACGAGACGUUCACUGACUAUAUAAUGAAAGCUAAGCUGAAGAUAAGGGCAACGACGGGGGACGAUGAUCAUGUGUCGAAUGCAGGUGAAACAGAGACACGUGAUCAUCAUCAUCACCGUGUAUCGAGAGAGAGUAGCAGUGGGAGAUCAUCAGAUCGUUUCUCUGAGUACAUAAACAAGGCGAAGAUGAAGCUCAAGCUUAGAUCAUCUUCCACCGUCGUUCGUGCGGACACAACUCACGAUUCUUGGUGA